CAAUUAUUCACUUUCUUUACAGCAAACAAACGCCUCUUUCUCUCUCUAUCUCUUGAACACUUUUUCUUUCUUUUCAUCACCAUUUCACUUCAAUUUCUCUCUACUGGACUCACCUCAUUGUCAUCUUCAAGUGAGAGAAAGAGCUUAAAGAGAUCUUCCAAGAUUGCCAGCUACAAAAGUUUUGUCUUUUGAGGAAAUCCGCUCAACUGCACGUGUGAUUUUGGACGUCUUUAUACUUUCUGGAAGGAUAACAAUAAAAAUAUCAAACAAUGUCUGGAUCAGCGAAAGCUCUGGAACCUGCAUUUCAAGGGGCGGGGCAGAGAAUAGGGACCGAAAUAUGGAGAAUUGAGAACUUCCAGCCUGUGGCUUUACCAAAAUCUGACUAUGGAAAAUUCUACUCAGGCGAUUCAUACAUUGUCUUGCAGACAACUGCUGGAAAGGGAGGUGCUUAUCUAUAUGAUGCUCAUUUCUGGCUUGGAAAAGAUACAAGCCAGGAUGAAGCUGGAACUGCAGCUAUUAAAACUGUUGAACUUGAUGCCGUUCUUGGUGGCCGAGCUGUGCAACACAGGGAGCUCCAAGGCUUUGAAUCUGAAAAGUUUUUGUCUUACUUCAAGCCAUGCAUUGUACCCCUGGAAGGUGGUGUUGCAUCUGGUUUUAAGAAGCCAGAGGAGGAAGAGUUUGAAAUACGAUUAUAUAUUUGUAAAGGGAAGCGAAAUGUUAGGUUGAAGCAGGUCCCCUUCUCCCGUUCUUCACUAAAUCAUGACGAUGUGUUUAUCCUUGAUACCAAAGAGAAGAUUUUUCAAUUCAAUGGUGCCAACUCCAGCAUCCAGGAAAGGGCCAAGGCUUUGGAAGUGAUUCAAUAUUUCAAGGAUAAGUAUCAUGAGGGGAAGUGCGAUGUUGCAAUAGUUGAUGAUGGGAAGCUGCAGACUGAAUCAGAUUCUGGCGAAUUUUGGGUCAUCUUUGGUGGGUUUGCACCAAUUAGCAAAAGGACCCUUACUGAGGACGAUGUUAUUCCUGAGAAGACCGCACCUAAACUUUACAGCAUCAUUGAUGAUCAGGUGAAGCCUGUAGAUGGCGAACUUACCAAAUCUAUUUUGGAAAAUAACAAAUGCUAUUUAUUGGACUGUGGUGCUGAGAUAUUUAUUUGGUUUGGCCGUGUAACUCAAAUAGAGGAAAGGAAAGCUGCCACCCAGGCAGUGGAGGAAUUCAUAAGCAGCCAAAAUAAGCCAAAAUCAACACGUAUAACUAGAGUUAUUCAAGGUUAUGAAACACAUUCAUUUAAGUCCAGUUUUGAUUCCUGGCCAUCUGUAUCAACACCCUCUACUGGCGAGGAAGGAAGAGGAAAAGUUGCAGCUUUGCUGAAGCAGCAAGGUGGUGGUGUCAAGGGAAUGACUAAGGCUGCUCCAGUAAAUGAGGAGGUUCUACCACUGCUCGAAGGUGGUGGAAAAAUUGAAGUAUGGCGCAUUAAUGGCAGUGCCAAGACUCCUGUGCCCAAGGAGGAUAUUGGUAAAUUUUAUAGUGGAGACUGCUAUAUUGUCCUAUACAGUUAUCAUUCCGGCGAUAAGAAAGAAGAUUACUAUCUGUGCUGCUGGAUUGGAAAGGAUAGCAUUGAGGAUGAUCAAAAGAUGGCAGCUCGACUAGCUACUACCAUGUGCAAUUCACUAAAGAGUAGACCUGUGCAGGGUCGGAUAUAUCAGGGGAAAGAACCACCACAAUUUGUUUCCAUCUUCCAGCCAAUGGUUGUCCUUAAGGGGGGAAUGAGUUCUGGGUACAAAAACUAUGUGGCAGACAAAGGCUUAAAUGAUGAAACAUACACCACAGAAUCUGUUGCACUUAUCAACAUAUCUGGGACUUCCAUACACAACAACAAAGUAGUUCAGGUGGAUGCGGUUGCUACAUUGCUGAAUUCUUAUGAAUGUUUUAUUCUGCAAUCUGGUUCAUCUAUGAUUAUUUGGCAUGGGAAUCAAAGCACCUUUGAGCAGCAGCAGUUAGCUGCAAAAAUUGCCGACUUCUUAAAGCCUGGAGCUGCUGUCAAGCAUACUAAAGAAGGAACAGAGAAUUCUGCUUUCUGGUUUGCUUUAGGAGGGAAACAAAGCUAUACCAGCAAAAAAGUAUCUCAAGAGAUUACCAGGGAUCCACAUUUGUUUACAUUUUCUUUCACAAAAGAAGGAAAAAUUGAGAUUGAAGAAGUUUACAACUAUUCUCAAGAUGAUUUGCUGACUGAGGAUAUAUUGAUACUUGAUACACAUGCUGAAGUGUUUGUUUGGGUUGGUCAAGCAGUUGAAACCAAUGAGAAGCAAACUGCAUUCGAAAUUAGCCAGAAAUACAUAGACUCUGCUGUGGCUCUUGACGGCUUAUCUCCUUAUGUUCCUUUGUACAAAGUCUCCGAGGGAAAUGAGCCUGUCUUCUUCACCACAUAUUUUUCAUGGGAUCCUGCUAAAGUAACUGCAACUGGAAAUUCGUUCCAGAAGAAGAUUAUGCUGCUUUUUGGGACAGGUCAAAACGUGGAGGAAAAGUCGAAUGGGUCAAAUCAAAGUGGUGGACCAACUCAAAGAGCCUCAGCAUUAGCUGCCUUGAAUUCUGCUUUUAGACCUUCUUCUGGCACCAAAAGUCCUUCAACAACUCCUAGAUCUGCAAAUUCAACUCCUAGAUCAGCAGGAUCAGGUCAAGGAUCGCAAAGAGCUGCUGCAGUGGCUGCAUUAUCUCAAGUUCUUACAGCUGAAAAGAAACCAUCUCCAGAUGCCUCGCCCAUUCGAUCAGCUCGCACCCCUCCACCAGAAACCAAUUCUCCUGCAGCUGAAACAAAGAGCCAAGAUGCUUCAGAAAUAGAAGAUCCAAAAACAGCUUCAGAGAUUGUCGAUAUAAAAGUCAAUAAUAAUAAUAAUAAUACAGUAGAAGAAACUGUCUCAGAAAGCAAUGGUGCAAAUUCAGAACCGAAGCAAGAAGAAGUUGUAGAGCAGGAGGAAGAGAAUGUUACCGAAAGUGGUCAAAGUUUCUUCAGCUAUGAAGUUCUUAAGGCACAUUCCGAAAAUCCAGUUACUGGAAUUGAUUUCAAACGUAGAGAGGCCUAUUUAUCAGAUGAUGAAUUUCAGUCUGUUAUGGAAAUGACUAAAGGUGCAUUUUAUAAAUUGCCCAAAUGGAAGCAAGAUAUGAACAAGAAGAAAGCCGACCUUUUUUAGUAAGUUUGCAAAAUUGAACUUUUUAGACAUUGUUAUUUUAUUUUUCAUCUUCAUUUCAGGCUACAUGGUGGAUUUGGCAACCUGAUCUCUUUUAUUUUUCCACUCCACCUUUAGAUUAUUUGCUAUUUGUCCUUAUCAAUGUGGGUUAGCGUUAUGGAUUGGAGAGUUAAUUUUUCAUUUUUGGUUAUUAUAUGCUCUUGAUUUCUCAAUCCCAGUCUAUUUGUGGUUGUAAUUAUUUACUUCAAGAAUGUUCCGGGGUGUGAGUGCAUUAGUGUGUGGCUUUUAUCUUUUGUUUUUAUCAUGUUUUUGUCAAAAAGGAUGUAAAAUGCAUUUGCUUUGAGUAGGUGGAUUUUAUUGUUUUUUUUU